GAGGGUGUUGUUCUGCAGAAAGAAUUCAUGACUGCAAGAAAAGUGGAAUAUUUCCAAGCUUUUCAGUUUCAAGCAGCUGUGAUAAGAAGCAGAAAUCUAGUAUACUAUGGGAGAUACACAGCAUUACUGCACGCAGAGAGAAUAAACUAUCUAUUUAUUCUCCAUAGAAGUGGUUCAAGACAUCUGUUUUAGCAAUGCUUAGGGAGUCAUUGCCUUCUCAAAGCUUUUUAAUGUUUCCAAAGAUGAAGACCUGUGAUGGCAUUGCAGACACAUCUACCAAUUUAGGAGCCCAGGAAACAACGGAAUCUACUAAAAUUAGGAGGGAAAAAAUGUCCCUCUCUUCAAAUGAACAUCCAUCAAAUCAGAGAUCCCUGCAGUAUGUAUUGUAUGGGCUAAAUCUACAGCUAUCAAAGCAGAAAGCAAUGUAUGAAAAGAAGUUAAAAAGUCUGGAACAAAAAAACAACAAUCUGAGCUUGGAGAUCCUAAGCCUACAAUCAACACUAGAGCAGCAGAAAAAAUGGUAUAACAUUCUGGAGAUAAAAAGAAGGAAUGUUGAAAGAGCCAGGGAGGAUGCAGAGAAAAGAAAUGAAACUCUUCAAAGAGAAAUGAAAGAGUUCUAUGAAACAUUUGGUGAACUUACAAAUAAAGACUAAUCAGCUUAGAAUUCUUAUUGAUUGUAUCGAUAACACAAAAACAUAGAGAUGCAUCAAUUUGACAUAAUCUAUAGAAUGUUUGGAAUCUAGAUACUUAUAUUGAUUGCAUAAUUGCGUUGAGCAUAUUCACAUGAACUUUAUUUGUAUAGACACAAAAAUUUGAUAUAAAUCUAAUUAGGCCACUGAAAUUACAGUUUAAAGGAACAGUAAACACCUUGUAAUUACAAUACAAUUCUGUUGUGUAGUUAUAGAAUAACAUAUCAGCCAAGUCUUAAUGUUUUUAAAACAAAUUAACAUCCAUUUUAACUGCAAUUAUUUUUCAAUAGCCACCAUUUGCCUUAUCUGGGCUUUCGUCUGCAGACAGCAAGGCUAGCCACUGCCAUAAAGUCAAUUAAGGAUAUAUAUGUAGCAGGGUUAGCAUUGAGUCAGCAGAGUGCAUUUUAAGUUUUGAGAAUUAUACAUUUCUCAAUUUUAGAGCUUAAUGACACGAAAAGGGGGCAAAAUAAAAAAUAUUGCAAAAUUG